GGAAAAAGGUUUAUUAGAUAGAUGGAUACACAGACAGACAUAGAUGCAUAUACAUUUACACACAGAUAGAUGGAUAUUAUAUCAGUUAUCAAUUAUAUACAAUCUCACAUUCCCUUAGAAAGGAAAUAAAUAUGCUCAUUAUUACCGAAUAACCAUAGACACAUGCACUUGGUUGAUAUAGCUGCAACAAUGUGUUUAUUAAAUGAAUUAAGCCAGUUGAAUUCAAAACCAAUUAUCUGCCAAUUAAAUGCUAAUCAAAUGCAGUCACCAAUCAGUGCCAAAUCAUUACAAUCCAUCCAUCCUCAGCCCCUUUUCCCAUUUUGCACAUGGAGCCAGGGUAUCACUUUAACAGUGACAGUCAUCGCAAGCCAAAUCAUUACAAUCAUCAAUGUAAUAUUCAGUCACAGCAAUAAUUUCAGAUGUGCAGAGAGGGCAGUACUUGGAAGGAUUCCCUUCAAGUUUAUCCAUCUCAUGAGCAUUAAGCCAACAGCCCCAAUCACAACAUGCAAAUUUCAACAAAAGUCUGAGUGUCUGUAAAAUCAAGCAAUUACCAGUGGGUCCCAGACUAUCUGCUUUACUGUAAAGCAUGCAAGGGUCCACCACUCCACUUUCAGGGUUCCAAGCCUCCUGGGGUGGUCACAGCCUACUAGAAGGAGGGCCAAGCAGCACUAGCUGGUGCUGUGCUGUCACCAGGUUCCUCCUGUAAAAAUUUAGGCUUCUAAGUUGCACUUCCACCCAUACCUGUGGCUGCAAUUCCCUUUUCUAACCCUUGCUGGGAAAAGAAAAACCUUAAGAAACCCUUUAGGAAAAAGAGGCGUGACUCCUAGUAAUCCUGGCAGGCCAGCCAGACACCAGUGGCUAGCUAGCCAGGUUGCAGCAAGCCAUCAUUUGUCCAAGGCAAGUCAGCUCAGACUCAGGUUUCAUAGGGGGAAGGGGAAAGUAGAGGAACAGGUAGGGACAGAAGAGGUCAGGAGGGUUAAGGUGGAAUGAGCUGUUUUUUUUUUUUCCAAGGGCAGUGAUUCAGUGUGGCAUGGCCAAAUUAAGUUAAGAGCAGGUUAAGUAUUUCAUUUGCAGAGAUAAACUUUUUUCCAGUGGUGGUGGCCUUGGAAAUAUGGGGAGAACAGAUGAAUUAUAGGGUGAUUUGGCUUUGUUCUGUCAACAGCAGCAUAGUACAUAUAGUGAACAAUCAAUGGGGGGUAACGCAGUAUUAGGUAGAAUGAUAACGCAUUUCAUUUUUUAAGUGAUUAACAUGAAAUGUCACAGUUAAGGCACAACAUGUACCAAGCACUGAUUAACUCAUUAGCAGAUUCCCUUUCCCAUUUACAGUGGCCUAGUUCAGGUUGCUGGAUCCAAAUGCAAAACCUACCCCAGAUCAAGUGCCAGAUCACUUGUGGGCCUUAUUGGCAGAUGAGAAUGGUGGCUAAGGUGUAAUGCCCUCAGUGGAAGGACAAGGGUAAGGUAUAAUAAAAGCAAACAGCAAUUUUUUUCAGACUAGAUUAUUAAAGGUCUGGGAACCUGCAUGGCCAAUUCCACCUCACCAAAUUUAGGGCUUAUAUUUUGGUAAUGAGAGAGAGAUUGGAGUUUGGGUAUGGCAAGAAGUGCAUAAUCAGCUUUGAAUUGCUUUCAUCAGACUAUAGGGUUAAGGGACUUAACUAAUUCAUUUCAAGUAUGGUCAAUCUUUAAAGGCUGGGGGAGGUAAUUGUUUAAGAUUCAAGACUAGAGGUACCCUAUAGGGUCAGCAGUUCUACAUAAAAUAUAGUUUGCCAUUUUAGCAGUUUGGUUUUCUUCAUAUGAAGUAGCAUUAUUUAGGGCUGCUUUUCUGUGGGGCUUUAGAUGGUCAGAGAUUGUUCAAAUGAGCAAGAAGAAAAGCCAAUGGAUGGUUUUACCUUUGACACGUGUACAUAGGUCUGGAGAAGGAAUUUGGGUUUAUGUGGCUAAAUCCAAAAUGGAUCAAGAAGGAAAAGCUCAGUGGGUAAGGGUUGUUACACUGAAGUAUGUUGAGUACUGCAACUAUAGGGGUAUGUUAGAUGAUCCAUUCUUUUGUCAUCAGCAAGGGGACUCUCUUACACAGUAUCAGGUGAGGCCAGACUUAUGGGAGGUUGUUAAUUUGUGUGGCUUAGACACAGACAGAUAUACCUGGCUGACAUUAAGAGGCUGGGCAGGUGGAAGUCCAAUGCUUAUAAGAGCUAUGUGAGGUGUAAGAGACUUUCAACUCUUGUUUUUUGUGUUUCAGCCCACACUUCAUUGGAUCAGAAGUAUAUUUAGAUAGUGGGUUAUUUUUUUAUCUAGAGGUUCCAUUUUUGGGUACAGGGCAGGUUGGACUUAUCCUCACAGAGUUGAAAUUGAGAUUCUUAUGAGGCAGUCUGGUUUGGGGUUUCAGGCAUGCAAUGCCAUCAGCUUAGGUCAGUGUUGCAACAAGCUGCCAGAAAGGGGAAAACCUCCUACAGCUAUUCGUCAGUUUCCAGUAAAGGAUUUGGCUGGUUAGAUUGUGUGGGAGGUAAAUUAUAUGCAUGACUGCUGGCCAAAGGCUAUUAUCUUUUGGACAGAAGUGGUAUGGAGAAGAAGAUAAAGGGAUGCUAGGUCCAUUGAAGCAGUAGAGAGGAUAAAGUGGAGAAUCAAUAAUACUAUGGAUAAGUUGUUAAGGAACAUUAAUGGGCUGUAGCAUUUGGAUCAGGUGACCAGAUACGUAUGAUGGGAUUGCGGUUCAUUUGUCAGAAGAUGGUAUGCAGAUCUUCUAUAUGGAACUAAAAGCAGGUUUAGCAUGCAAGGGCCUACACAUAGAAUAAUAUGAGAUGUGCUUGGCGGAGGGGGGGAAUAUUCCUCCCUUCUGUGGCAGAAGGCAAGAAAGGUAAGGGAGGCCAUGGUAAGUGGAGGGGUCCUCAGGACUUUAGCUGGACCUUCCACAGGCCAGACAGCCCCAAGAAAUUGUUGCCAGGGGACAUAUCAGCCCAGCAAUGGCUUCUUGGCAGAUUGUAAAGUGUCCCAGAGAAAUUGAGAAAAAAUAUUAUGGUGUAGGUAAGAUUAAUUGGAAGGGAUGGAUAUUUAUUGUCAGAGCUGUUUGUUGCUCUGUAGUGUUUAGGGCAAUGCUAUGAAGUAAAGAAAUGGCCUCCCUGAAAUUCCUCCCUUGUGCACAUCUCAAAAUAAUUAGCUUCAAUCAGUAAGGGGCAUUGGUAGUAAUUGGCAAUAAACACAUGGCUGUAGCCAUUUAAUCCACCUGAUGCCUUGGUGUUUUUAUUAAAUACAACAGCAAUGUGAUGCAAAACAAUUUACAAUGUGAUGAACUGGUUAUAUAAGCACGGAUCAUGAGUUAACAUUCUGUGGUGCAUCGAUAGUUACAGGUAAGGUGCUUUGUCAGAUUAUGAAUAAUGAUUUGUUCGUUUUUAGUAAAGGGCAGGUACAGCUGUAUCAUUCAUGGACAAUAAUGUCUACAAAAAACACGUGGGCAGGUACAUUUAUUUCUUUCCUUGCUGUUGCACACUAGACUGACAAUCUUACAUGUCUUUCCUUAUUAUCAACUACCACCAUCUCAUCUACCUCUUAGAUCUUCCUUGUCCUCCUGUCCCACUUACUUCCUGCCUGACCCCACCCCAACACACACAGUUGUUGACUGAUGCCUUAUUUCUUCUAAGGCAAUCCCAUUGGGCUAGCAAGUACUUAAGACUCCUCGAUUAUGUUCACACUUGCUGACAUUUACAAGCAUAAAUGCUAACUUCUUUGCAGCUUUCAGAAUAUCUAACACUGAGCUGCAUUAUAGUGUCAGUCAGAGUGCUAGUCUUGUCCCAGCCCCACACACCUUAGCAAACUGAAGUGGGGUGUCUUUCUGAACAAUUGCCAAGGAACACUCCCAAUAAUGAAGUACAAGUCGAAGAUAAUACAGAGAGUGUAUAAACAAGAACAGAUGGGCAUUCUAUUUCCCAGCAAGAUGGAUAAUACUGAUAUCCACUUAAGGUGAAGAAGUACCGUUUUCAGUCUUUUGCUUCCAGAAUGAGGGACAAAGGUCCCGAAUUAUGGACUCCUUUUAAUUAUUACUAACUACUACACACAUUAACAGUUGACACAAUAAAACGACUUGGACAGAAUCAACAUGCAUUUUCUGCAGUUAAAACAAUCUGUAGCUGCAUUUAUUAUUUUUAUUAUCAUCAACCACCAUUUCCCCAAAUAAACGCCAGUUUUAGGAAAGACAAAGUAAACUUCAGCCCUCAGUCAGAGAGGUGGGCGUCGCACACAUAAGCUGUGUCCCACUAAUAGUUAAAAAUGCGUACAUGCAGCUUACAUUGCUAAAUGGCUCAUGUUGCAUGUUUUGAUGAGGGACAGCAAGAUAUAGGCAAAUGUCAUACCGUUGUGGUAACUGCAGUUUUAAAGUUUACUAAAUGUAAGAAAUUGUCACGAAUGCAAAAUCACUACUACACAGUAAAUAAAUUAAAUAUGUGGUUAUAAUGAUGCUAUUGGGUAUUGCUGUGUGUGUUGUGCUUUUCGAGUCUUUUGUGACGAAGACAGUCACCGUUUUCUAUUCAAAGUUAAUUAUUAAAACAAAUACGCACAUAAAUGGAGGUGAACUUAAAUCCACAGGCAAAUAAAGACGUCUUUAAGCUGGUGUGCUGUGCCAUUUUUUUAAUCGAGCGUCUUGAGACCUACACAUUUUCCUUUUUUCCAUAAACUGUGCACUUUUUAUCCGUACGUGCUUUUACUGUGAUCUUAUCAAGCUGCGUACCUCUUUUCAUCUUUAAAACUUUUGAAGGUCCACACCUAAGAACCAUUAGAUUUGGCUCUUCCACCUGGUACGUGGGAUAGCACUUGGCGGGAAUGUAAACCAGAACUUCCCUACAUGGCACAAGGGUUCGCAGCCCUUCAUAAAUUAUAAGUCAAAAAACGUUCAGGGCAAAAGGCUGAGAAUCAUAUAUUUAGUUACCAGUCCGCAUAUCGUUUUCAAAACAAAUGUUAACAGCUGCAAUAAUGCCAGCCAGUGUUCUGUCGUAGAAAAUGUUAUUAUUCCCCAUUCUGGUGGUGUUGAGUAACGAUAUACUCUUUACAAUCCGUUUUGACUAUAUUUCGUUUGGCCUUGGAGAAACAAGUGUAAUUUUCUAUCCACACACCGUCAACAAAUAAGCUGCUUACUCCCGAAGCUGCCCCGUGCUUCUUUAAAGUUCAUACCGUUACUCUCAGAUCAUCUCGUAUCCUCUUUGCCUGGCUCGGUGUGAGUCUGUGUGUAAGAGAGAAAAACAGAUACGGGUUGACAGCUGAUCCUCGCCUCCCUCCCUGCUCAUGUGAUGGUGAAGGGAGGGAGAGAUGGUGGCGGCGGCGUUGUUGAGGACCAACAGAGCACGCGGAUGAGCAGCUGUUGCUAUGAAACACACAGGGAGCGAGCUUGUGGUACCGUACGACGUCGCAUUUUGGGUACAAUCCUAAACCACGACCAAGUAGGACCGUAUCUUAGGCUUUGUUCCCUGUCGCGGAAUCUACUUGGGUCAGAGUACGGCAGGACGUGAGCCCAGUAGGGGGACCCGGUGCGGUGCUGUUGCUGUGCAGAAGUGGAGACGGGGUAAAGAAGAUGAGUGCUGUUAUUCCAGUGUCUGCAGACAAUGGAAGACUGGAAAUGCCUAGGAAAGAUAUGGUUAAUGUAUGUACCAAGACAACUGAAGAAUUUAAUGGUAACAAUGUCUAUCAGGCGAUGGCAUCAACACAUUCUUGUACUGAAGAGCUGGCACAGUCUGAUCUAUGUCAAAAGACAGUGGGAAAUUAUUCUGGUUUAACUGUCAGUCACAACAAAGAUGAGGAAAAGCAGAGAAAAAAUAUAAAGGAAUCAAUACCAGAGUUGUUCACUCAGAAGUCUCUAUUUUCUGUGGAAAGUAGUUUUGUAAUUCAGACAAAUUUUGGAACUUACACAACUGUCAACAGAGUCGACUUGGGCACUUCAGAGGUGCAGCCCAUUCCAUUCCCUAACUUAGAUUCUGGAAGUAGGAAGUAUGCACAGCUUCGUAAGCAGAUUCAGUGGACUCAGGUCAUAGAAAAGAAACUUCCUACCACCUGUUGGUCAACUGAGGUUGCAGUUCCUGAAACUGGAUUUAUUCAAAAAGAACGGCGUAGAUGGAACAACAAAUAUUCAAAUCCUAUGAAAUCAGCAAGUGCAGGGGACAACAAUCUGUUUACUGAACAAUACUGCAAUAUAUGUAAUGCUCAGCUUAUCUCUGAAUCUCAGAGGGUGGCACAUUAUGAGAGUAAAAAACAUGCAAACAAGGUAAAGCUGUACUACAUGUUGCACCCAGAAGAUGGGGGGCCACCCUCAAAGAAGCUUUGUUCUGAAAACCCUGAAAGUGAUGAGAACCAAGUGGACAGUAACAAGUGUUGCGCCCUUUGUAAUAUGUUCUUCACAUCAGCCAUUGUAGCUCAGUCCCACUACCAGGGUAAGACACAUGCUAAAAGGAUGAAACUGGUACUUGGAGAGCAACCAUCCACACCCACUACAACAGAGUCUGCACCAAGCACUCCCCAGUCUGCUUCCCACUACCAAUCUUCUAGCUGGCCCACUUUCAAUGGUCUUGACAUGGGUAAAACCUGCCACCUCUGUAAUGCAUUGUUCAAUAAUCCUGGGAUGGCCCAGCAGCAUUAUGAAGGAAAGAAGCACAAAAGGAAUGCAGUCCGACUUAAGUUACUGGAGCAGAUAGGAGACUCCCCUAGACCCAGAAUCACUCAAAGCUUUGCGAAACAGCUACAGAUGCAGCAGGUGCAGUGUCGUCUUAAACUCUGUCGAGCAAUACCAGGCACAUCUACAGGGAACUAAACACCAGAACAAUCUCAAGCAGACCCAGUGAUGACCAUAGAACCUGGAGAGAUGUCACUCAAUCAGAGGAUGCAAGAGGGAGCAAACAUCAAUAUUAUAAAGCUGCAAAUCUAAGAAAAAAAUUACCAGGACACAACACAUCAGAUAUCUUUGUACACUAUUAUUUUACAUACUGUCUGAGCUCAAAAUGAAAUCUAAGUCAGAAAUGUGGAUUUCCCAAUACCUUGUCAGCACCUGGACUUUUGGAUUUUUUAUGAUAAACUGUAUUCUUUCAAAGACUUAUAAGUAUUGACUUUUUCAUAUUGUGCUUUUUCUUAGACUUUAACAAAAACUUAUUUAUUCUGCUGUGAAACAAAAAUAUUUAGGAACAGAUUUGUCAAAAAUCUACAGGCGAUAGCUGGUUAUAGCAGUAGAACAUCAGAAGUCUAAUGGACAUAAAUAAACUUAUGACAUGGAACAAAAGCUUGAUGCCAUUGUACUUGUGUAAUCACCAGUACAGCUCAAGUGAUACCUAGUUAAGCAAUAGACAUAGAUGUCACCAGAGUGUAUGACUACCUUACAGCACUGUACCAUACAAAUUAAUUCACCUUAUAGAAAUAUUUAAUGUCAGGGCAUGGAGAAACAUGAAAAGCUAAGCUAAACAUAUUCCCUUCAAUGCUUAAAACCACUUUGAUUGUAUUUAAGGUGCUCAAAUGUGUCUGCUUAAUGCAUUGUUUCUUCAUGUGUUUGUUGACUACAUUUUGUUGCAGUGUUUGCGGGGUCAACAUGUAUAAAGUUUAGUUGACUGAGAUAAUGGCAUCUCAUUGAAGCAGGGUGAUUCUAUCUUUAUGUUCUUUGUAAUUGCUGUUUCUCAAGGGUGAAUGACUUCAUAGUGAGAACAAUAAAGUAUUAGGGUAGAAGUGAUGUGUUCCACAUGAGCAAUAUGGGGUGGGGGGGCUUGGUUUCUUUGAUCCAGUAUGGUUGCAUUUUCACAGAACUAACUUAAUAUCAAGUACAUAUUUAACUGCUUUGUAACUGUAUGUUUUUUUGUGUGUGUAAUAAACAUCAGGCAUUUCAGUUUUUAGGAGCUGGUUUUAUAGGAGUAGUACUGGACCUCAAGACAUACUCCAAAUAGAGGAAGAAGGCAGAGAUAAUAUAGGAUAUUGUAAAUCUUGACUUAUGGUACUGAUGACUGAUAUAUCAAGAGCUGUUUUGGACUUUGUGGCUAAUAGGAUAUAAUAUAUUCAAGAAACAAUCACAGUCAAGGGUAAAGUGCCUCCAGAACAGCAGCCAAAAAGGAAUCCAAAAACAAAGCUAGUUGAAGACGCACCACGACCAUAAGAAGCGGACCAUUUAUUGAAU